AUGGCACCGCCACUCCUUAGAGCUCUUGGAAUUUCAUCAUGGCCAAGACGACGCAAGUUCUUCCUCAUUCUGGCUCUCACUCUUGCUACAACUGUGGCUGUGGUUCCGUGUAGGGGAGGUAUGUCGGUGGUAAUGUGGGUGUGGGUGCGGCAGGAGCGGGAGUGGGUGGAGACGGAUGUGGAUGUGACUGAGACGCACUUCAUUAUGCGCCUUCCCGUCACUGCUCAACCCUGUCCAUUUCUGCCCAGUCGGUGCCGACCUCCUGUUACAAUCGACAUUGCAGUAACUAUUUGUUCACUAGUGUUGAUGCACGACGCAGAACUCUGA